AUGCAAGCAACUCGAAAUCUUGAGAUUAAUCCAAGCGAUAAGUUACUUUCACGAUUUGAACAGAAUGAUCGACUUGAAGAUAUUCACGAAGAAAAAAAUAUGAUGCUCUUUAAAACAGAAGAUGGAAAUUUAGGAAAAGCGGCUAUUGACAAUAUCAAGUAUGGAUUUAACAACAUGAAAAUUGUAUUGGUGCCAAUUUUAGGAGUUACUUCGGAAGAAUAUGAUGAAAUGGUUAAUGUAUUUGGCAAAGAGCUAGAGGAUAAUGAAAGCUAUCUCGAUGUUCGUCGUGUUUAUGGACGUAAAAAAGGAAAUUACUUAACUCGUAUUAAUUCCCUAAAUUAG